AUCGUAUCUUCAAUGCGUCCAGGUUAGAUACCGCAAGAAAUGUUUGUCGUUGAGGUCAAAGAGAAUUGGGCGACCGUGACAAAAGCGACGCGCCUGGUCACAAUAUUCGCGUGGCAGUAACGCGUCCCGUCACAGCGAUGUCGUGACAACUUACCUCAGGCUUCUCCUAACGUCAACCAGAAACUAGUCGCAUUAAUGGGUAUCAAAGGACUCACCGCUCUUCUGUCUGAACAUGCUCCGAAGGCCAUUGUUGAACAUGAAAUGAAGACACUCUUCGGACGCAAAGUCGCGAUCGACGCGUCCAUGUCGAUUUAUCAGUUCUUGAUUGCGGUGCGUCAGAAGGAUGGAGAGCUUCUUACCAAUGACGCGGGAGAGACAACCAGUCAUCUCAUGGGUUUCUUCUACCGAACGAUUCGUAUGGUCGAGAACGGUAUCAAGCCUGCAUAUGUAUUUGAUGGAAAGCCUCCAGAACUGAAGUCUGGUGUGCUAUCGAAACGAUUUGAACGUCGAGAGGAAGCAAAGGAGGAAGGUGAAGAGGCAAAGGAGACAGGAACGGCUGAGGACGUAGAUCGUUUUUCAAGGAGAACGGUCAAGGUCACAAAAGAGCACAAUGAGGAAUGCAGGCGGUUACUUGGCCUUAUGGGUAUUCCCUUUGUCGUUGCACCUUCAGAAGCGGAAGCACAAUGUGCAGAACUCGCUCGUGGCGGCAAAGUCUACGCUGCAGGUUCAGAAGAUAUGGAUACCCUGACGUUCGGCGCCCCAAUCCUCUACCGGCAUCUUACUUUUUCAGAAGCUCGUAAAACGCCUAUCAGCGAAAUCAACUUACAGAAAGCGUUGGAGGGGCUUGAGAUGAACAUGUCGCAGUUUAUCGAGCUCUGUAUACUCCUCGGAUGCGAUUACCUCGAACCUAUCAAGGGUGUCGGUCCCAAGUCCGCCCUCAAAAUGAUCAGGGAACAUGGGAGCCUAGGCAAGGUCAUUGAGACAUUACGAGAAAAGGCAGCAGCAAAAGACGAGGCAGCGGAGGAAGGUAAGAAGAAGAAGGGUGGUAUUCAGAUCCCUGAAGAGUGGCCUUGGGAAGAGGCAAAGAAAAUCUUCGAGACUCCUGAUGUUACUCCUGCAGACGAAAUUGAGGUUGAGUGGAAGAAUCCUGACAUCGAAGGGCUAGUGCAAUUCCUCGUCACCGAAAAAGGCUUCAACGAGGAGCGUGUAAGAAAAGGUGCAGACAAACUCUCCAAAUUCCUCGUCGCCAAACAACAAGGUCGAUUAGACGGGUUCUUCGCCGUCAAACCUAAAUCUCCGUCAAAAGCAAAGGACAAAGAUGAAGCUGCUGGGAAAGGGAAGGGCAAGGGUAAAGCAAGUGCAAAAGGCAAGGCGGAGGGUAAAGGGACGAAACGGAAGGGCGAGGAAAAGGAGGUAAGUAGUAGCAAGAAGACGAAGACGAAGAAGUGAUUUGUGAGGUAGCUAGUUUUGUCUUUCACCUCGAUGUUUGUACUUUCUCGGUAACUUAUUAUACAUACCAUUUGUAGUCGUUCUGUAUCGCUAGGUCCAUCGCUUCAUUUUACAUUCACAUUCACUUGAAAGGAUACCCAGAUGAAUUAAGCAAGUAAGC